GAUAAAGUACCUUCUGUCCGUUUCAACCGGCUUGGGAUUCAGUUUCAUCUUACCAGUUUCUAGGGGGCCACACUUACUUGUUGAGUUCGCCACAAUGUUCGACUCAAAGAUUAGGGUGCCCAAGUACGACUCGGAUGCGUUCGACAAUGUCGCGUACGAGCUGCAGAUGACGUACACUCUGGAGACGGAUCGCCGGAUCAUGAGCUUCUACGACGCCAUGUGGGGCAUGGAGGUGACUGGCGGCAUUGAUCAGUUCGAGCCGCUGACCAUUGUGAAUGUGUCACCCACUGGCCUGGCGAAGAGAGGAGGCAUGCGAGUGGGCGACGAGAUCACGCAGAUCAAUGAUGUGCCGGCCCUGGAGAUGACCUUCAAUGAGGCCCUGCAAAUGUUCCGAAAGAAUUCGCGAUACGUUCGUGUCUACGUUAGGGGUGAUGACGAUGCUCCCGGUGAGGAGGAUUGGACCUGCGAUUGCUGGUUUAAGCCCAGGAAGCCCUGGCGUCGUGACUUCACACCCAUUCAAUGGACAUUCCCCUGGAACGAUCGUCGCAAGCCUGUCUACAAGGAGUCCAACUGCUUCAUGGUGCCCAGCAAAAUGGAGGAGAAGAUUCGGGCGAGACGUGCUGUCACCUCAGCUGUUCACAAGAAGGAUGAUCUGGCUCCACACACUCGCUCCUUGACGCCCACUCCCAGGCCGAAGAAUCAACCAGGUCCGAAUCUUCUCGAGACUGUGCUCAGGCCACGUGGACCACCGCCAAGGGAUUAGGACAGCGAUCUAAUUGGAAAGACGAUGCUUACCAAGUCACAAGGACUUGCAGGCAGCGCUGAAUCCGCUGCAGUGCAUCAGGACCUUCAAGGACUAUUCACUCAAAAUAAGGCAGACAACUGAAUAUACAGUUGAAGUGCCACACAAAUGCUGGGAAACGAUUUCGAAGAGGGUUUUCCUAAGAACCGUGUCUUAAUCCUGCCCAGAAAUAAGCGGACAACUUUAAUAAUGGAUAAUUUAAAACCAUAGCUGGCAGGCAUCUGUAGAAAACAGUUGCAGUGCUUUGGGUUAGAAAUUUGGAAAAGAGUUCUCAAGGAACUCUGUCAAAAUGCUAACCAUACAUCUGGUGAUACAAACUAUUAUUAUCCUUCAAGGAUAUAAACUACCUCCUCUGUGUUCUAGAAAAUAACUAUAAAAUCGAUCUAAAAUUCCAAAAACCGAAAUUGAAUUUAAUUAUUUUUGUAAACGAUUUUUUUAAAGACUAAGUAUAGUUACACAAAAAUAAAAUAUAUUUUUUGAAAUAUGAUAUUGAAAGUAUUCAAAAUGAGACAUAUUGUUAAGUAAAUGGGCUUGUAAUCAGUUAGUUCCACUUAUUAUUCGAUUAAGUAAUUCGUAUCACCCAGAUUUUUUCAUUUAUGUUCUGUUUGGCUCUUGAAAUGAAACAAAUUAUUUUGCUGGUUCUCUUCGGCCAGAUUAUCCUGGAAAUUUGUGCCUAUGAGCAUAAAAUCGCUCACAGGAGGUGUGGCGAGAACACUUUCCCGGAUUGUUAUUCAUAUUGCAACAAAGGAUGCAAGGAUAACCCAGUCGACUGCAUUCAUUACUGCGAGAAAGGAUGCGGAUGCAUCGAAGGCUCAAUCGUAAGAAACAAUGGAGGAUGCAGAAGAAUAAAGAUUUGCGACAAGGAAGAUGAUUCCCUAUCCAUUGAAAAUAACGAGUUAGCUGAGAAAUACGUAACAGCUCAUUGGGACGACCCGGCAAAUAAUAAUGCAGAUGAAAAUCAUCCCCCAACCAUAGAUGGUUUGGAUGAAAACAAAUCGGGUGAGAUGAAAAGCGUGGAACAGCCGAAUGAAGUGCCGCCGGAGAGUCCUGUGGAGGAUGCUGAUCCCAAGCCAGCAGUAGAUGCAAUCUAAAGUGAUCCAAGUCCAAAUCCGAUACUGAACAUCUACGGUGUUUAAAGAUUGUAUUUCCCUUCCUUUUUAAUUUAAAAUAAAAACCAUAUUGAACAUACAUAAAUAAAUUUAAUUGUGUAACAGUGUCUUAUA